AUGGAAAGGGAGUCAGGUGCAGAUGCAGAAAUCCAAACGGUUUUAAGGUGCAUCCGGGAAGGAUGGCACGAUGUCAAAGGAGAGUUCCGUCCUUUUUGGAAUGUUCGACACGAGUUGGAACCUGUGGGUGGAAAGUCGAGUUGUCUGAUGAGAGGGAAUCGAAUAGUCGUACCAAGGUUGCUGCAGAAACGGGUGCUACAGCUAGCUCAUGAGGGUCACUUGGGGGUUGUUCGUAUGAAACAGAGAUGCCGAGAGUUUGCCUGGUGGCCUGGGAUUGACCGCCAAAUUGAGCAAAUGGUGAGAGAUUGUGAGCCCUGCCUUGUCAGCGGGAAGUCUCGCCAACCUGUACAUGCUCCAUUACAACCUACUCCUUGGACAGCGGUACCGUGGCAACGACUUCAGGUAGAUAUCUUUGGAGAAAUUCAAAUAGCAAUGGCUCACCAGCGAUACGCUAUUGUAGUUCAUGAUCUGGGAUCAAAGUGGCCAGAAGUAAGACUGUGCUCACAAGUGCGGACGCAAGAGGUUGUGCAGUUUUUGGAAGACCUUAUUGUUAGGUGGGGGUUUCCUGAGUCGAUAACAACGGACAAUGGACCUCAGUUCCGGUCGUAUGAGUUUCAGCAGUGGUUACGAGAACGGGGUAUUCGCCAUAUUCUCACACCACUGUAUCAUCCAAAAGCAAAUGGAGGAGUCGAAAGAUUCAAUCAAGUGCUUAAACAAGGCCUGAAGACAGGGUUGUUGGAAGGACGUUCAGUGGAGAGUUCAGUGCAAAGCACAUUGUUUAAUUACCGGUCUACGGCGCAUUCACUUACGAGGAAAUCACCAGCAGAAGUUAUGUUGGGCCGAAAGCUUCGGCAGCCCUUAUCCCAGAUGAUUCCUAGGCAAGAUAAGAAGGGAUCACUUCAGCUGAAGAAUGCGGACGAGGUCGUGGCAAGGAAACAGGCAGCGAUGAAGGCAUAUGUAGAUCAUAAAAGGAGAGCUAGAGCUUCGUCCUUUUCUCCCGGAAGUUGGGUAAGAGUAAAGCGUCCGCUAAGAGGCCAUAAGUUGAAGUCGCAAUUGUCCGAUCCAGUAGAAGUCUGGUCAAGGGUAGGGAAGGACACUUACCUGCUACAAGAUGGACGUCUGUGGCAUGCUGACCAAUUAAUUGCUGUGGCGAAGCCAGCUGGUGUUGCAAAUACAGCUGCAGUACUCAGCUGGACUGAUGGGGAAGAGGAGAUCUCAGAAGACAUGAUAGGAAAUCAACACGAUGGGGGAAAUGUCGAAGUCGAAGGAGAGGCAGCAAGUGAUGCAGGCACUGCCCAUGAUCAUGAAAAUGAGACAGAAACAACAAGGCCAAAACGAGUGAGGACAAGGCCCAAACGCUUCGAAGAUUUUGAGGUGGAAUAUGCAACUCGAUUAGAAGGGGGAGAAAAUGUUGUGUUUGUAGAUGCUUGCUAG